GUCAUGCGUCGACAUUAUAACGACCAUUUUGUUUCAAAAUAAACCCAACAAACAUGGUCCUUGUAUAAUGGGAAAAUGGAUUGCACUUCCUGUUCAAUACCUGGUGAUAACGGUCCCGUGAAAUCAUGCUUGGAACCGUCCUCUUCCCCCCGUUAUCGCUAUCCUGCGUACAGAAACGUGAAGACUCGGGUCUUGUCCUACAGUGACCCUGCCCCCAAUGGCCUCAAGAAAAUGGCCUGGGCUUUAGCAGAAGCUGGCUAUUUCUAUGAAGGAUACAACUCUAAAACAGCAUGCUUCGCGUGUGGCGUAAGCCAUGACAAUUGGACGGAAAGAGACAAUCCUCUGGAAGAACAUUUGAAAAAGAACCCAAAGUGUAUCCAUGCCUUGCAAAGACACGAUAGUACGGUGUCGCAAAUUCAGCGGGAUUCUGUCUAUCAAACGAAUCCUGAAUUAAUAUCGUCUGCGAAACAUCGUGAGUACACAGAAGCGGCCUUGCGAGAGGCGUCAUUCCAGGGGGCUAACGGAACUCUUAAACAUAGAGCAAAGAACCUAGCUGAAUCCGGAUUCUAUUUAAAAGGUUCUGACAAUAUUGUGAAGUGUUUUCACUGUGGAAUUGAAAUGACUUUGGAUUUUCAUGAAGAUCUUACCGAAAAGCAUCGACAGCUAUCACCAAACUGCAGAUUCCUUCGAUAUGAAAUGCAAAAAAUAAACGAAGAUGUUGCGACGAUAAGACAGCAGUUGCUUUGUAAGGUCUGUCUUGAUGGUCGUGUAAAGAUGACCUUUCGACCUUGUGGUCAUCUAGCAACCUGUGAAAAUUGUGCACUUCUACUGGAAUCUUGUCCGAUAUGUAGAACAAAGAUAACAGAGAAAAUUAAAACCUUUCUGUAAUCAAACGUUCUCGAAAAAGACAGCAACGUUAAUACACAUAACUUUCCUAAUAUAGGUUUACCUAAAUAUCACAAAACAUAUCGUUCAAUAAAACCUCCUGAUUUUACUAAAAACACAAUUACAACAAAAAUUAAGAACGAUAAUACCAUAAUGAUAGUCCAUUUUGCUAUCAAGCCUCUAUCUACCGUCUAAUUAAGUUUUCAUAAUGUAUAUUCUAUCUAGUACAUGUAUGUUUAGUUUAUUAUGUAAUCUAAUUUACUUUUCCAUUCUUUGGAAAUAAUACUUUUGUGACACUUUUUGACUGUACUGUUAAAAAUGUUGUUAAUCACAUUAACGAUAAAAUGACAGAGCGGUUUUUAAAGAGCUUUAUUUACAAUUUUUGUAUUCCUAUCAAAGAUUAUGAACAUAACCCCGGGUUAAUGAGAGAUGUACUUCGCGCGGUCUCUUGAGAGCAUGCUAUUGUGUAUAAUUUGCUUAUUACCAACCACGAAUUUAGAAAGAGGCAUGCAUGUUGCAAAGUAAUUGCUCUUACUACGCGUGGAACAAACUAGUUGCCGAAAUCAAGCUUCGUAAACAACAACAACAGAUAGAAGAACACCUUUUGAUAUUGAUAUAAGACGUUAUUGAUACGGAUGUGAUAUUCAGGAAUUAAGACACAGAAAUGAUUACAUAGUAAUGAUGAAAUAAAUGUUUUUGAAAACUCUCA